GUAUUCGCCAUCUUUGAUUGCUUACCAAUUUUUGAGUAACCAGUGAGGAACUUCAGCCCAAAAAUUAGGUGAGCUCGGUUUUCAGUGUAGCUCAGGGAUGCCAAGUGCUAGAAAAAAAUUUGGGCAUUUCGGAAGAAAAUGUCUGGCCAAAUCUGGAAACAUUUGCAUGCAUAGCAACAAUAAGUUUUAUACAGACCUAAACUUGAUUGAAACUUUUCAAUAACAUUGGAAUGUAGUGGCUCCACUGCCAUAUUUUCGAGAUUGAUUUGAAGUAAAGCUAAACAAACUGGUAUUUCAUAUGUAGAGAUCUUUGAAAUCAGGUGAGACCUCCAAAAUCUGGCAAAAGGAAAUUCAGGUAUAUGUUAGAUCUGGGAUCAUCUGGAACAUUGGCAACUCUAGUGCAGUGAAUGGAUUUGUGCACAAACUUUUUUGUUGCGGUGUUGAAGUAAUGAUUUCGGUUAUGUGCAAAUGUAAAUAAGUAACUACUUCUAUUUUGACCCAAUCAUUAGUCUACAGUGAUCAAAUUUAGUAUGUCUUCUCAAUGCACUGUUGAUAGUGACGAAGAUGAAUGUCGACUACCUGCUGACACUCUACUGAUUCUGCAGCAAUUCCUUCAUGAAAAAGGAGUACGGGAAAAGUUAGAACAAGUCGGCGAAGAUACUCAGAGCGGAUUUGAAGAAAACUGGCAAUUGAGUCAAUUUUGGUAUAACAGUGAGACAAAAGAGAAACUUACUUUCGUGGUGAAGAGCAUUAAUGCAGAUUUGGAAUUAGCAGGAACAGAAUCUUACGUUGCUCUGGUUUCUUGUCCUUCGCUUUAUCAUCACGUUAAAGAUACCAGUAAAAAUGUGACUCUUUUUGAAUUCGACGAACGUUUUGCCAGUAUUGGAUCUGAUUUCCACCAUUUCGAUUACAAUCGUGCAGUUGAGGAUGAUUAUUUGGAUAUUUUUAAAAAUAAGUUUGACGUUAUAAUAGCCGACCCCCCAUUUCUGUCUGAAGAAUGCAUUGAAAAAAUUAGUAUCGUGGUACGAAAAAUUGCAAAAACGAAAUGCAAAAUAAUCCUUUGCUCCGGUUAUGCAGUACAUGAAUGGGCUACCAAGUAUCUGUCCUUAGAUUUAUACAACUUUAAACCGGAACAUGAGCGUAAUUUGGGUAAUGAGUUUUCUUCGUAUGCAAAUUUCAACCUGGACGAUGUGUUACAGAAAAUGUAGUUUUAUUUAACAAGAAUGUUGAAAAAACAAAAA